AUGGGUGGCCCAAAUGUGUUGCCCUUGCCCGGUGUCACUAAUCAGCCCGGCAUGCAAAACCAAUAUCAGGGUUUUGAUACCACCGGGCAGGUUGCCCCCCCCGGCAUGAAGCCGCGUGUCACAGCAACAUUGUGGGAAGAUGAAGGUAGCCUUUGCUUCCAAGUUGAGGCAAGAGGAAUCUGUGUUGCGCGUCGAGAAGAUAAUCACAUGAUCAACGGUACCAAGCUGCUUAAUGUAGCUGGCAUGACCCGUGGGCGCAGAGACGGCAUCCUCAAGAGCGAAAAGGUUCGACAUGUUGUGAAGAUCGGCCCAAUGCACCUCAAGGGUGUUUGGAUUCCGUUUGAAAGAGCCUUGGACUUCGCGAACAAGGAGAAGAUUACUGAGCUCUUGUACCCACUGUUUGUGCACAACAUUGGUGCUCUGCUCUAUCACCCAACAAAUCAGAACCGCACUACGCAGGACCCCAAGGCUACCAACGGUUAUCCCGGCCAGCCAGGCGACUCUGUUCCGCACCCGGAAGAGGAGGCCGAGCAUGAUCAUGAUACCGAGUAUACACACGACAGCGGUGCAUAUGAUGCCAGCCGAGCGCAGUAUAACUACAAUGCCCCUCCUGUUGCAUCGAUGCCCAAUGAUCAUUCGCAUUUAUCUGGCGACAUGACCGGCGCUGGGAACCAUCAGGGGGCGUCUGGUCGAUCAACUCCUCGAAGUGCUGCUGCACCGCCAUCUUACUACGCACAACCAGGCUACAAUACCCCACCUCGUGCGCCGCAACAGUCGAGUAGCCUCUAUAAUGUAAUGAGCAACGACCGCGGCCCUACAAAUGGUGGUCCUGGAGGCGAUGUUUACGCACCGCAGCCCGACAUGGGAAGCUCAAUGCAAAAUGGCUAUCCUACCAUGAAUGGCGCCCCUACAGGGCUCAAGCGUGGCCGUGACGAUGAUGACGACCGGCCAUCCAGCGGUGGAGCAGGCAUGGGUGGAUUCGAUCUUAAGCGCCGAAAGACUAUCGGCCUCGACGGAUCUAUGCCUUCACCUGGUUACGACAACUCGAUGAGGCAACCCACCGCAAUCGCCGCUCCUCGACGGAGGUAA